AUGAAUAUUACAACAACAACAAAACCACCACUACAUUUAUUUAUCUCGAUCUUAUUGUUAUUGUUUGUUUUCAUUUCAUCGACAGAUGCAACUUGGGAUUUACCACAAGAUGAAAUCAAUUCAUUAUUAUGGUUGAGAUAUAGAUUUGGCAUCAAUUGGAAUACUUCCAUACCAAUAGAAACACAAAACAAUGUAUUGUUUGAAAAUGGUCAUUUAACUGCAGUAAUACUUUCUGCAUCAGCAUCUGUUUAUCCUGAUCCUGGACUUGUUGGACCACUAAUAUUUUCACAAAUUCAAACGAUCAGUAUCAAAUCUGAACCUUAUAUCGGUUCUAUCAGUGAUAUUUUCGAUAGGAUGUCAGUUACACCUACCUUGAAUUCAUUAUAUGUAACCAGUACAACAGCAACUACUGUUUAUGAUGGUUUUGCAACCAUUUUCCCAAAUUUAGAAACGGCAACAUUUUCACUGCCAAAUUUAGAAUCAAUGACAGAAUCAUUGAUUACACAUCCAAAAUUAAAUUAUUUGGCUUUAAGUAUGACCCGUCUAACAAGUAUGCCAUACAUGACUAAACAAUCUAAUUUGGUAUCAUUAAAUUUAGGAUUUGGAAUAAGCGAUUCUUUGAUGACAUUUGCAGAAACAUCUUAUCCAAAACUCAAUACCCUUACAGUUGUCGUUGGUAAUUCACCAAAAUUCCAAUUAAGAGUUCAAAGUACUGCAAUCUCAUCCUUUUUUUAUUCAUCGAACGCUUUACUUAAUAGAGUUGAUAUAAUGACACCAAACACUAAAAAAUUAAUCUAUUCAUGUUUGCCUGGAUCAACAACUGAGUUCCUCACAACUUAUCUCGAACUAUAUAGUCGUCUAGAGGUUCUUUACCUAUAUGAUAUUCAUGGAUAUGAUUCAUUCCCCUUUAAUCUUCCUUCUCAUAAACUUGUAGAAUUAAAUAUAAAAUCAUCAUCAUUUGCAACUAUAAAUUUGGGUAUGGUAUCUUCACAGUAUAUUGGUAUUUCAGAAAAUGUAAAUUUGACAACUAUCCAAAACUUCCCUCCACCUGGUGUCUCUUCAUUAGCCGUACAAGAAAAUCCCAUUCUAUCGGGAAACAUGUCUGACAAUUUAUGUCAAGUUACAACGUUUACUUUCAGGGGAACACCAGGCGUAUACUUUCCAACAUGUUACCAAUGCUACGCCAACAUUCCAGGAUCAAAUCAAGUAAGUGAGACUAUUGCAGCACCCGUUUGCCCUCCAUCACCUGCUGUAUUUGCCAAUAACUCUUAUCCAUCAAUUGAUUUUGGUAAGACUGUGACCAUUGUUGGAGACUUUCUUGGAUGGGCUAGUCCAGCGGCAGACGCCCCAGGUCUCACUGCCAUCGUACCAAAUAACAAGUUGGUCUAUACCAUGCCGGCGGGAGGAGGUCAACCAACUACAGUGACAUUACAAUUGUCAAAGGCCAAAUCAUACGUUAAACCACUCUAUUGGUUUGAUGCAUCACUUCGAAUCAACACCAUAGCCAUAGCCCAACAACCAACCAAUAUUCUGUUGCUAGUCAACGUCACAACAGGGUCGAUACCAGUAUCAGCCUAUUAUUUCAAUCAAAACCAGGUAUGUGAUGUUGUAACUGUUGUCCAAGGUAUAGCGGAAUGUCGUAUCCAAUCAUCAAGGUUACCAUCACCAAUUGGAAAUAUCGAUUUCCUCGUCGAAAAUGAAUAUACCUCUUCAAACAGUAGUGUUGUCUAUACUCAAUUAUGGCCAAUUAUAAGACAAUCCAAUUCAAUUAAUACUUUGGGUGGUACUGUCAUAUUGUAUGGUACAUUUGAACCAAAUAUUCAAAAUACAACCAUCACUAUAAACGAUCAAUCGUGUACUAUUAUCAAUGCAACAACAAGUGCAGUUGCAUGUCUAUUGGGCGCCCCUACAACUAGUGGUUUGGCAACAGUUAAAAUGAGUCAAUACUCUUUUAACUUUACUUCAAGUAGAAUACUCUACAUUCAACAAACAAGUCAAGACUUGAAAUCACUUUGUGAAAAACAAACCUCAAAUUGUAAUAAUCGUGGUACAUGUAAUGAUAAUGGAGAUUGUCAAUGCAAUUCUGGUUUUUAUGGUACAAGUUGUGAAUCAAUUAUUUAUAAUGGAACUGUAUUUGUUGGUGAUCCAUCAAAUCCAACGAUAACAUUUGAAGGAGCUAGUAGUGAAUUUAAAUUUAAUUUCUCAAUGAUUAGUAUUCAAGAAAUAGAUGUUUCAUCAAAUAUCACUGCAGAGUUAAUCACCAAUAGUUGGAUAUCAACUGUAAUCAAUGAAACUAGUACAAGAGGAACUAUUAUCAAUUAUAUACUCAAUACUACUUCUACUGUCGGUGGUACAACUAAAAAUGUUACCGCCACGGUUGAAUUUACAGAAUUAUCAAAAGAUUAUGUAUUUGGUGGUAUUCAAACUACUAUUCCUCCAAAUUCAAUUAAAAUAUCAGUAAAUAUUACAGGAUGGCAAUACCAAUCAUCAAUCAAUACAAUAAGAGUAUUAUUUGAAACAGAUUAUGAUCCAACGCAACAACAAUCGGAAUGUGGUGGUGGUGGUAGUGAUGAUUCAUCAGUAAUUAUCAACAAAUUAGAUAAUAUUCAAUACCUUAGAGUUAUAAAGAGUGGAGUUGUAUUUUUGGGUAGAUUCUUGGACUAUGCAGUUGCAGAUGGUCGUUCAGCUUUUUCCAUAACAGAGCUUGUCAAUACUACCACCUCAACAACAGGACAACAAACAAAAAUAGUAGUUGGAUUAAAUUUCCCACAUUGUGAGAUGGAGUGUAAUUUAGACCCAUGGUUUAGUCCAUUGAUAACAGAUACUGACAUUUGUGCCGAUCAAGAUAAAAAGACAACAUGGAAAAUCAUUACUAUUGCAGUGGUAUGUGGAGUAUGUGGAGUUGCAUUGGUGUUUGGUAUUUUCUUUGCUUUUAGAAAAAAGAUAAUGGUUUGUAUACUAGAUCAAAAAGAGGGAUUGCCAAGAGCGAUGUAUCCAUGUGCAACCUCAACUAGCAGUAGCACCUCAACAACUUCAACUAGUACAACUUCAACAACAGCAACAUCAAUAGAAACAACUGUAGAGAUUAAAAAUUUUAAACUUCUUCAGUUAAUAAACAAUAUCAACGAUAAAGCAAGAGGACAAAAUUCAAAUGUACCAACACCCAUCGCAACCAUUCGUAACUCAUUUCCAACAUUAAACAGUCAACAACAUCAAGAAAAAAGAAAUAAUAUUUGUACCUAUCUAUAUGAGAAUUUCUCACAAUUUAAUCUAACCUUAGAAAGGAGAAAAAAUAUUGAAAAAAAAUUUUCACCAAGAUCACCAUCCCCUCCACAAUCACCUCAUAAAAAACUAGCAGUUCCAAACACAACAACAAACAAUCAAAAUGUAACAUCAUUAGAUUUUGCAUGGGAUGAAUAUCAAAAAGAGGAUUACUAUUAUUAUGUAUGGGUUGAUAAAGAUCAGGUUCUCCUCGCUCAAGAACAAAACAAUCGGAAUGGAAAUCGAGUCGGUCGAGUCGAUCAAGUUCAACAAAAGAUAAUAGAAGAAAAUAGAAAAAGAGAUCGAGUAGUAGAAAGAGCAAUAGCAUUAGAAAAAGAAAAGAAAAGAAAAGCAGAGGUAGAAGGAGAAGAUCAAAGAGAGGAGGAAAGAGAGCGUGAAAGAAUUGAAAGAGAAAAAGAAAGAGAAAAGGAAGAGAGUGGAGACAUUUACAAGGAGAUGGAAGAUUCAGCAUUCUUUAGUUUCCUUGUUCGCGAUCUUUAUGCUUCUCUUCAAGGAACACCUCGAACAACCGACUUUUUCGAUAUGAAAGGAUACUUUAUAGUCAUAAAGGAUAUCAAAAUCUAUUUUGUCGAUAGAAAAAAGAUUGAUCCUACCAUUCUUUCAAUGAUCAAAGGGUUGGAAAUUGAUCUCUACACUUGUAAUAAUAAUAAUAAUAAUAAUAAUAAUAAUAUGACACCUAUUCAAUACUCUAAACAACAAUUUUUGGAAACUGCACUUUCUCAUUCUCGAAACCAAAUUUGCAACAACAAUCGUCAAUUAUAUCUAAAUCUUUAUCACCAUUUUCAACCAAUACUGGAAAAUGAAGAAAAUCCUCUUUCCUAUUCAUUGGUGGAAGUAUUGUAUUCAGUAUUGUUUAGCAUGUCGUUCCCACACAUGAUUACAAAAGUGCCACAUCAAAUCGGUCAUGACAUUUUGGCUUGUGCCUAUAUUCUGUAA